CCUCCAGGCAGCCCCGUCAGCUUCCGGUAAAAGAGCUCGGCCACAUCACGACCACCACUGUCCCCGCGAACUGGAAGGAUAGUUAAGGACACAGGCGACACAGAAUGACUCUGAGCUCGAUUUCUACCAGCUACUCCACUCCGUCUCGCCGGUCAAGGAUACAGUCUUUGUAGAUGAGCGGGUCCCCCUUGGAGGACAGAAUGAAGAACUGGGAAAUCAUGGCCGUUCUGGAGGACAGACGAGAAGACCGUGAAAGUUGAACCCACCCCGCCCUGCGGUCGCGGAACAAAAGGACGCAGGGAGGCUGGCGCUUUAAGAAACACUCCUCCCACACCCACACGGGCGAGCAGUAAUUUUGAACCGCGGGAAACCGGGUGCCCAACCCGCCUGGGCUUGGCAAUCUCCCUCCGGCCCGCCCCUCUCGCCCCCUGUCAUUCAACCCAGACUCGUCCAGUGAUUGGUUAAAGUUGGUUGCCGGCAGCGGUUAGGAGCCCCCUGUCUGAUUGGCCCGUCCUCAGCGGCACGGGUCACGUGGGUGUGGACGUUUCGCGCCAAUUUCGGUUGGUCGGCCGCAUCGCGCCGCGCGCUCGUUCUGCGCUUCCCCAGAGUGAGACUUCUCAGCCCGCCCGCUCCUGUCGCACGGUCCCCGGCAGCGAUGGCGCUUAAGGACUACGCGAUCGAGAAAGAAAAAGUUAAGAAGUUCCUGCAAGAGUUUUAUUAUGAUGAUGAACUUGGAAAGAAGCAGUUCAAGUAUGGAACCCAGUUGGUUCAUCUGGCUCAUCGGGAGCAAGUGGCAUUGUACGUGGACCUAGAUGAUGUCGCUGAAGAUGACCCUGAGUUGGUCGACUCAAUUUGCGAGAAUGCCAAGCGCUACUCAAAGCUGUUUGCUGAUGUUGUACAAGAGCUUCUGCCUGAGUACAAGGAGAAGGAGGUGGUGAAUAAAGAUGUCCUGGAUGUUUACAUUGAGCACCGACUGAUGAUGGAACAGCGGAGCAGAGACCCAGGGGCAGUCCGGAACCCUCAAAACCAGUAUCCUUCCGAGCUCAUGCGGAGAUUCGAGUUGUAUUUCCAAGGCCCAAGUAGCAGCAAGCCUCGGGUGAUCCGGGAAGUGCGGGCUGAUUCUGUGGGGAAAUUGGUAACUGUGCGUGGGAUUGUCACUCGUGUCUCUGAAGUCAAGCCCCGGAUGGUGGUGGCCACAUACACUUGUGAUCAGUGUGGGGCAGAGACUUACCAGCCGAUUCAGUCUCCCACCUUCAUGCCUCUGAUCAUGUGCCCCAGCCAGGAGUGCCAAACCAAUCGCUCAGGAGGGCGGUUAUACCUGCAGACUCGUGGUUCCAAAUUUGUUAAGUUCCAGGAAAUGAAGAUUCAAGAACAUAGUGAUCAAGUUCCUGUGGGGAAUAUCCCUCGUAGCAUCACAGUGGUUUUACAAGGAGAGAACACAAGGACUGCCCAGCCUGGUGACCAUGUCAGUGUCACUGGAAUCUUCUUGCCAGUCCUGAGGACAGGAUUCCAACAGAUGGCACAGGGUUUACUCUCAGAAACAUUCCUGGAAGCCCACCGGAUUGUGAAGAUGACUAAAAGUGAGGAUGACGCAGCUGGGGCCGGAGAGCUGAGCCGGGAGGAGCUGAAGCAGAUUGCAGAGGAGGAUUUCUAUGAAAAGCUGGCUGCUUCUAUUGCUCCGGAGAUCUACGGGCACGAAGAUGUGAAGAAGGCACUGUUGCUGCUGCUGGUGGGUGGUGUAGACCAGUCUCCUCAAGGCAUGAAGAUCAGGGGAAACAUUCACAUCUGCCUUAUGGGAGAUCCUGGUGUGGCCAAAUCUCAGCUCCUAUCUUAUAUUGAUCGUCUGGCCCCACGAAGUCAGUACACAACAGGCCGGGGCUCCUCUGGAGUGGGGCUGACAGCAGCUGUGCUGAGAGACUCUGUGAGUGGGGAACUCACCUUAGAGGGUGGUGCCCUGGUGCUGGCUGACCAGGGCGUGUGCUGCAUUGAUGAGUUUGACAAAAUGGCCGAAGCUGACCGCACAGCCAUCCAUGAGGUCAUGGAGCAGCAGACCAUCUCCAUUGCCAAGGCAGGAAUUCUCACCACACUGAAUGCCCGAUGCUCUAUCCUGGCUGCUGCCAACCCUGCCUAUGGGCGAUACAACCCCCGCCGAAGCUUAGAGCAGAACAUACAGCUUCCCGCUGCUCUACUUUCCCGAUUCGACCUUCUCUGGCUGAUUCAGGACCGGCCUGACCGAGACAAUGACCUCCGGUUGGCCCAGCACAUCACCUAUGUCCACCAGCACAGCCGGCAGCCCCCUGCCCAGUUUGAACCUUUGGACAUGAAGCUUAUGAGACGGUACAUAGCCAUGUGCCAAGAGAGGCAGCCCACAGUGCCUGAAUCUCUGGCUGACUACAUCACAGCAGCAUAUGUGGAGAUGAGGCGAGAGGCCCGGGCCAGUAAGGAUGCCACCUAUACUUCUGCCCGGACCCUGCUGGCCAUUCUCCGACUUUCUACUGCUCUGGCUCGCCUCCGGAUGGUAGACAUUGUGGAAAAGGAAGAUGUAAAUGAAGCCAUAAGGCUGAUGGAGAUGUCAAAAGACUCCCUUCUAGGUGAAAAGGGACAAACAUCUAGGACCCAGAGGCCAGCAGAUGUGAUAUUUGCCACAGUCCGUGAAUUGGUCUCAGGGGGACGAAGUGUCCGUUUUUCUGAGGCUGAGCAGCGCUGCAUAUCACGUGGUUUCACACCAGCCCAAUUCCAGGCAGCUCUGGAUGAGUAUGAGGAGCUAAAUGUCUGGCAGGUCAAUACUUCUCGGACACGGAUCACUUUUGUCUGAUGGCCAGCUUUGAGGCUCACCUUUGUCUGAUGGCCAGCUUUUA